UCUCUCCCAGCGCUCAGAGCGCUAUUUUCUGCCAGGCUUUGAAGCGGACUGAGAGAGAGGAGAGGGAGAAGCAGGCUUCAUUCAUUACAGUGCCGUUACACACGUUUACAUCCCUAAAGCGUGGACCGGACAGACGUAAAGUUUUUUUUAUCCAGGAUCUGAAGAGGCGACUUCAGUGGGAAAGUUAAACGUCUCUAAUAGUAGGCUAAAAUACAUGCUUUAUUUGUUUAAGACGAGGCAUCGCAUCGUUGCAGCACUGAUACGUUUGCAGAACCUCUUCUUAGUUGGGAAGUUAGUUUCACAUAGUUGGCUACUCAGUGACAUUCGCAUCUUUUCGGCUGGAAACCUUGACGGACGAAAUAACGUGAUUUAGUUUGUGUUUAGCACGUUUGUGGGAUUUUAACUGGAGACGGAAUUCUGACACGCAACAGUCUUUUGUAUGAGAAAGCCAUGGCACAACAGAACAGAAACGGAGGGACUUCAUUAAACAACAACAACGGUAUCGAUAACACCAAGAGGAAACUGUUGAUAGGAUUGGACCUCUUCUGCCUGCUACUAGCUGGCCUGCCCUUCCUGAUAAUAGAGUCUAGCACCAUACGGCCGUACCAGAGAGGUUUUUACUGUUCUGACGAGUCCAUCCGGUACCCAUAUAAAAAUGGAGACACUAUCAGCGAUGCUGUGCUCUGUGCUGCUGGCAUUCUUAUUGCCAUCCUUUCUAUUGUUAUAGGAGAGUGUUACAGGAUUUACCAUCGCAGAGAGGGAUCUAAGUCUUUCAUUGGGAACCCUUAUGUCUCAUCUCUUUACAAACAGGUUGGAGUGUUUAUAUUUGGAUGUGCCAUCAGCCAGUCGUUCACAGACAUUGCCAAGGUGUCAGUGGGCAGAAUGAGACCUCAUUUCCUGGAUGUGUGUAAUCCUGACUGGUCAGCCAUCAACUGUUCCCUUGGAUACAUCACCUCCUACACCUGUAAUGGCCCUGAGGGCAAAGUACAGGAGGCCAGGAAAUCCUUCUUCUCAGGACAUGCCUCCUUCUCUAUGUUUACUAUGCUCUACCUGACUUUCUAUCUCCAGUCCAGGUUCACGUGGAGAGGUGCCCGGUUGCUCCGCCCCCUCGUCCAGUUCACGCUGCUGAUGAUGGCAUUCUACACCGGCCUAUCACGUGUCUCCGACCACAAGCACCACCCCACAGAUGUACUGGCCGGCUUUGUACAGGGUGCCCUGGUGGCCUACUGCAUAGUGUUCUAUGUAUCUGACCACCUCUCUCUCCCUCUAUAUCUCUCUCUAUCACUCUCUAGGUGUUCUAUGUAUCUGACCUGUUCAAGCCGAGGGUGAAGCCUGCCUCACCCCCUCACUCCCCCAUCAAGAAGGAGCUCCUCCCCCCUGCUGACAUCAUCGAGCGGAACAACCACCACAACAUGGUGUGAGACAGGCCCCGCCCCUUCCCAUGACCGAGGAGCCUAUCACAGCACUGUUUGCCUCCCAUUGGACAGUAGAAUGUAGCGACCAGAGAGACUGUCGCCGUGUCUCAUAUCACACUCUGUUCCUUAUGUAGUGCACUACUUAUCACGCGCUGUGGUCCAAAGUAGUGCACUACUUAUCACGCCCUGUGGUCCAAAGUAGUGCACUACUUAUCAUGCCCUGUGGUCCAAAGUAGUGCACUACUUAUCACGUCCUGUGGUCCAAAGUAGUGCACUACUUAGGAAAUAGCCUGUUAUUUGAGACCUGCCCUGCAGAGACCACUCUCACUAUCCAGAUUCUUUAACUACUAUUGUUAUUACUACUAUUCUGAUUUGAGCCCAAGUUAGAGCAAAAAGAAGACUCAAAAGCUAAAAGACAGCAGUGCAGAGCCACUGAAACAGAACACUUUGUAACUACACAAAGGGAAAAAAGUGUAAAAAAAAUAAAUGAAUGAGUGAAUGAAUGAAGCAAGGAAAGAAAGACAGUCUCUGUCUGAGGCCUUGACAUAGGAUAACAACUUCCUUAGUGAUAGGAACGAUAUGACUGCAAAAUUACUAGCAAACGACACAUACAGUAUAUGAGUAACAAUAUAGAGCAGAAUAACUUACAGCACUAUAGUUGACUGUCAAUUAUCACUACUCGCCACCAGAUGGAGCAGCUAUUAGAACACUUGUUGAUGAUCACGUAGAGCAGGGGUGUCAAACUCUUUCCAUGGAGGGCCUAGUGUCUGCUGGUUUUUGGUCUUUCCUUUCGAUUAAGACCUAGACAACCAGGUGAGCGGAGUUUCUUAUUAAUUAGUGACUUAUUAAUUAAUGAAUCAAUCAAGUACAAGGGAGGAGCGGAAACCCACAGGCACUCUGCCCUCCGUUGAAUGAGUGUGACACGUGACAUAGAAAGAUAAAGUAAACCUGUAAAUAGUUAACUUGUCCACCAGCUACUGACUACUACUAGAGAAGGAAGAGACCUGGAGAGGAACCAGACCCAUACUACUCUAGCUCCUACCACCAAGUAGAAGUUUGGACUAGUCUAGUUCUCAGUUCAACAAGGCUCUUCUAGCUGCCCCUCUGGGUAACCUAACCUGGGAUGAUGCUUUCUGAAAGAGGGGGGUGGAUGAAGCAGGGGUUCUUGAAAGAGAGAUGUUAAAAGAGUAGGGAUAUUGAUUGGUAUUAGUUUGGGGGAUUCGGAGGGGGAAGAGGAGGGGGAGGUAAAUAUCUCUCAGCCACCUGUCACCCUGUCUGGGGGCGUGGCUGUGCCAUGCUGCCGCUUGAUUGGCUGCGUAUGUGGGGGUGUGGUCUGUCACCAUGGACACAUGGUUGAUUGACAGCUAAACUGGCACAUUAUGGGAUAGGGGCUCUUUCCGCUGGCAGGGAGGGGCUCUGGCCCAUCCAAUCACUUGUUAGCGGUAUGUAUGUAUGUGUCCUGUGUGUCACUGUGUUGGUGCCUGCCAGUGUGUCUGCUUUUGUGUAUGUGUGAUGUGUAUAGGUUUGUGUGUCCUGUGUAUUUGUGUGUGUGUGUGUGUGUGUCUUUGAUGAACCCUCCGGGUAGUGUGUGUGUAAAAUGAACCCUCCUCACACACACCAUUGUCUGUGCCAAGAAUGUCUGCCACUAUAUGUGUGUGUGUGUGUGUGUCAGAGAGGGCCAGAGGUGGAGGACUGAGACCCUGUCCAGAGAACGUUAGAAAACUGUGGAUUUAAUAUUUUUAUUUUCUGCUACGAUGCAUCUUUAACAUGUUCAGUGCUAGUCCAUUCAUGUCAUUAACUAACUGCUCCCCAUCAGUCAUUUUAUUUUACACUUCAGCUUACUCAGGGCAAAUCUCAAAUGGCAUGCUAUUCCCUAUAGGAUGCACUUCUGGCUAAAAUAAGUGCACUAGAUAGGGAAUAGGGUGCCAUUUUGGAUGGAGCCUAAGACAUCUUCUCUACAUCACCACUUCAAAACGUUGCACAUCUUUCUAAUCACGUUUAGUCCGUCCUAUCUUUUUGGCAAACCCUUUCCUUUUCAAAUUAUAAAUAUAUAAAUAAUGUAUAGUUCACAAAAAUUAACUGUGUAAGAUAUUAUUUCUUAUGUUUAACUAUUGUCCACUAUGAAACGACAACCUCUGUUCUCUACCAAGUGCUGCUUAAAAAGCAUUGAUUUACAGAUUUUUUUAUUUAGUUAACUCAAAUAUUGUAGAUUUGUGGUAGUAAGUUUUUAAUCUGCAUUGAAAACAAACAUACAAUUGUAUUAAAAUUCACUAUUAGUAUUUUUGUAUUGUCUCAUUUUGUACAAAAUAAAUAUUAGCAACAUUUUUGUUUCUGCUUAAUGUACUUAGCUCUACUACAUGUGGUUUUAAAUAAAAAAUCCUGUUAUAAACACAA